AUGAAAUUCUUUUUAUUUACUACAAUUCCCGCUUUUUUAACCGUCGAAAAAUCUGAAUGGGGAUACCUUGGUUCGAACGGUCCUGCUUAUUGGCACCAACUUAAUGAAACUUAUGCAACCUGUAAAAGCAAUAAUCAGCAAACCCCUAUAGAUCUUAAAGUUGAAGAUUUUGCUAAACCUACUAAAAUUGAGUUGGAUGUAAUCAAACAAACCGAUUUAAUUCUCUUAAAUAAUGGUCAUACUUAUCAAGUUCAACGUUCUGAAGGUACUAUUGAUAAACCAGCAUUGUACGAAGAUGCAACAUUGAAAGUUGAUGGUGAAACAUAUUAUCUUCUUCAGUAUCAUUUCCAUAUGCCAUCAGAACAUCAUAUUGAAGGCAGAGAUUUAUUAUUAGAAGGACAUUGGGUUUUCAAAACCUCAUCUGAUCAAAAUGCAAAAUUUGCCGUUCUAGGGGUUUUUUUUGACCUUGGUGAACGUGAAGAUCCUGGUUUGAAGUCUAUUGUAGAUAUAAUUAAUGAAAAACCGUUAGGAGCCAAUGAACAUGUUAACAUAUCAAUAUCAUUAAGCGAACAAAUAUUUAAGAGUGUUAGAACUGUAUGUAUUUAUGCCCUCUUAACCACACCACCAUGUACCGAAGGUAUUCGUUGGUUUGUUUCUCAAGAUGUACAAAGUAUUAGUCCACCCCAAUUUAGGUCUUUAAAGUAUGUAUUGAAAUACAACUCCCGAUUUACACAAAAGCGUCUUGAUGGUGGUGAACCAACUUCAAACGAACCACCUUAA